GAUUUGUGGAGUUAGUUCCUUUUAUUGAUGACAGGCUUGUAGAUUGCAGCACAUUUCAAUCUUGCAGUGCUAUAUGACGCAUUAGUUACACUUUUUUUGUUAGAUGACUCUGCCUGUCUAGUUUUUAUUUCAAGUUUUAUUGAACAUCCGUGCAACGGAACAUCAAAAGAUUUUAUGUUUUCCACCUUCUUUGUCUAUGGAUGUAUUGUUUAUAUUUGGUAUUGUGAUGUUGAAUGUUUGAUGAUGGAGAAAAAAAUGAAAGAAGAGUAUUAAUACUUCAGAUUAUAAUAGAAAUAAAGUUAAAAGUGCUUGUAUAAGCGGAGAAGAAUACGUCAGUCAUGAAAAAAAGGUUGUUGAAGCAAAGAAAACUGGAGAUGAUUGCAGCUGCAGGCUCCAAUGCUUCCAGAAAAUAAAAGAAGAAAAUCGUAUCACUAUCCUUUCAUCAUUCUUGGAUCUUGAAAACAAAAACCACCAAGACCUUCAUCUACAGCGACUUAUAGAGUCAAAACCUAUUCAGUGUUGGAAACCAAUGAUUGUAAGUGAUGAAGGAGGGACGAGGAAGCAAAGAAAUGGGAGUUUUAAGUUUCAUGUCAUGAAUGGAGAUGCAAGACUAAUGGUAUGUAGAAAGGCUUUCUUAAGUUUGCAUGCUGUGUCUCAGAAGAGAGUAUUUAGGUUAGCAGCACUGCUGCUGAAAGGAGAGACUCCUAAAGAUAAGCGUGGUUUGAAUCCCAAUCCCAAAAAAAUGUCAGACACAGUAAGAAAUAACAUCCAGUGACAUAUUGAGUCAUUCCCAGUGAAAACUACUCAUUACUCAGGCAAAGUGGUGAAGUAUCUUGAUGGUAAGUUAGAUGUAGAGCAAAUGCACACCCUUUACGAAGAUAAAUACCAAAACACAAAGGCGUCUUACAAAUAUUACCUAAAAUAUUAUAAUGAGAAUUUUCGGUAUCGCUUUGGAAGACCACAAAUCGAUGUGUGCAGCACGUGCGAAGAACUGACAACAAAACUGAAAAGUCCUCAUGUUGCGGAAAUUUUAAAACGUGCCGCUGAAUCAGAGUUAGUUGUUCAUAAACGCAGAAACCAAACAUUUUACAAGUCUUUAAAACAAACUGAACAGCUAUGCAAGGAAAAUCCCCAUGUGGCAGGAAUAGUUUUUGACUUAAUGCAGAAUCUACCCUUACCCCACAUACCAGUCCAAGAAAUAUUUUACCUGCGUCAGUUAUGGGUAAACUGCUUUUGUGUACACGAUUUAAAAUCCCACCAUUCGUGUUUGUAUGUAUAUCACGAGAGUGUGGCCAAGAAAGGUGCCAAUGAAGUAUGUUCAUUUUUAUUGGACUACAUAACUCACUGUGUGUCUAAAGAUGUAACAGACCUAUACUUGUAUUCUGAUGGCUGUGUUGGCCAAUACAAAAAUCAUUCAAUGAUCCGCAUGUGCUUAGGACUGGUGCAAAAUAAAAUGUUACAAAAUAUUGUACAUUGUUAUCCUGUAAGAGGACAUUCAUUCCUUCCCUGUGAUAGGGAUUUUGGGUUAUUCAAAAAGAACAUUAAGAAAUGUGAUAGAAUCUACACUCCAAAAGAAUAUGUUAGUCUGUUAGUACACAGUAAGUCAAACGUCAAAGUAAAGAUGGUGGAGACUGAAGACAUUUUGGACUUCAAUACAUGGUGGCCUCGUUUCUUCAAGAAAAACUGUGUGGCUAUAGAAUGUGUGGGAAGAGAUACUCCUCAUGAUUGUAAAGUGAAUUUUGCUCCUUCCUCUUUCAAGGAGUUCAGAUAUUCAGCAGCAAAGCCAGGAGUAGUUGAGGCAUGUCCUUUUAUUGGUGGGCUUGUUACAUACACCUUUCCUUUGGCUCAGCCCAGCAUUAAUAAUCAUUUCUCCAUGAUUAUUCCAAAAGCAUACCCUGCAGGAAAGGUGCCCAUUAAUCGUCUAAAGUUGCAGGACAUCCAGAAAGUUGUAAAAUACGUCGUGGGUGACACGGAAACGCUAGCAUUUUAUGAAUAUAACCAUUUCUGUUAAGUCUUAAGUCAUCAUAUGGUUCGCACACGACCCGUCAAAAUUCACACAUGACAAUCAUAAACCAUUCCAUUAGUUUACAUAGAAUCAUGUGGUAAGUACACGACUAAGUCUUAAGUCUUAAUUCUUAAUUCUUAAUUUUCAAUCGUAAACCCACCUUUAUAUUUUAUAUUUUUCGUUAAGACUUAAGGGAAGCGACCAAUCACAACAAACCGGAACCUUUCAGCCGGAAGUUUAUGUCUUGGUAUUGUACCGAGCGAGGCUGUACUUUUGGUUAGAAUUCGUAUAUUUGUAAUUUGUAAUCAUCAUCCAUUUAGAAAAAUAGAUAUCCCAUUUGUCAAUAACCUAUUUCAAACCUGCUUCUCCAUUUCGAACAUUGGCCGACCAUGUGUUUUGUGCUGUGAUUGGUUGGAAUUAACGACUUCUAUGUCAAUAAUAAACUGGAAAAUGUAGUUUUGACUUAAUCGUGUGCUCGAUGUUAAGUUAUAAUUCUUAAGGAAAUCAAUCGUAAACCCAGCUUAAUAGUCUAUGGAGUGGAAGUCUGGAAGCAAACAUGAAGCAGCAAGCAGACCUUACACCAUAGAUAUGGUAUGGUCUAAGAAGUAGACGAUGUUGAAAGACCAGGCACAAGGAUAGAGCUAGUAGUGGCAAAAACGCGAAUGCUUUGCAUUGUUUUGAAUGGCACCGUUUUAAUUUUUCGCUGAAUACACGUGAUGGUGAAAGCUUGUGCAGCUUUUGGUUGCACUAAUAGAUUCGGCAGUUGUGGUGGAUUAACUUUCCACAGGUAAGAAACUGUUAUUUUUUUUUUUUUUUGUAAAUGUAUAAUGUGCGUUCAUACAGCGAGAGCUAAAUUUGGCUUUUCAAUUUUCUUAUCCUAAUUUUAAGUGCUGGUGGACGACGUAAAUAGUAUUGUAAAUAGUAAAUGUAUAUGUAAGAUAUUACAUUCAUGAACAUGUAAAUAUAAUGUGCUUUGAACGGCUGUUACUUCAAAUAUGGCGAGUAAACGGAGCACACGCGUACGAUGCAAGGCAGAUGCACCUAAACUUAAUAUUUUACAUAAAUUUUAUUCUGUUGACUACAAGCUUGUCAUUGUUUUGUCUGACAAUUGAUAAUGUACCUACAAACUGCAAUAUCUCGGAAACCAGUAGAAAGUUAGAAACGCCGUUUUCAGGGUUAGUAGAGGAACGUCAUUAGUGUUUUAAAAAUGUAUUAUCAGAAUUUUAUUAUUUUAUUUACGGAAAAGCCGCGACCCAAGAAUUUUACCCUUUGUUUAUUGUCACUUGUCAAGUGUUUAUAUAUGAUCAAAUAGGUAACUUAUAUUGUGAAAUAUAACUUUGCUGACGAGUCCUAUACUACUUGUACCGUAUUUGUGUAAAAGUGUAGUCUCCUGGAAAACAAAGAAAUGAAUUGAAUUCAGUGGCUUCAUAAAUUAUUUGGACUAGUUUAGUUGAUUAGCAAAAAAAAAUGUGCGCAUGAACAGUGUAAAGUAUGCAUAAAAUCAUGUUGGCCUACCCUAGGCACUUUCAACUAUUGAUUUAAAUUAAAUAUUAAGGAAUAUUAAAACAGCAUGUUUUUUUUUAUUCACAAUGCACGAAUCUUGAGAAGUAUCUACAUGUAAACAGCAACACACACUGUGACUUACUCUACACUUUCGCAACCUUUGUACAAUUUUCCCAUUAACGGUUUUUAAAAAAAUGUUUUAUUCGACUACAGUUUGCAGUAUAGCAUUUCAUGGAAUCCAAAAACUAGUUUGAAUUGAACAUUCGUUAAUUGUAAUCUAAAUUAUAGUGUCAAUAUCAUAACACUUUGCAUCAGUCGUUGCAGUACAUCAAUAAUAAUAUUCACAGUAAAAAACAAUAUCAAGACAAUGUUAAAAACCAAGUACAGUAUUAUAGAUAAUCAUUGUAUUAAACAAACAUGCAGAAUAGUAAAUACUUGAAUAUGGUAUUGGCAGUUCAUACACUCAUAGUCUGUAAUUAAAUCGUUCCUAAUUAAGCACUUAUAAUACAGUUUAAAUGUGAAAGCUAUGCUAGCCCUCCUACGUGGUUCUUUAUUACUAAUAAUAUAAAAAGAAUAGUUUCAUAUUUACCUAAAUAUUUUGCACGCACAUUUCCUUAAGCGUCAUACAAAUUACAUUGCUGUCUGCUAUUCUUUUGCCACCCACAAUAUGGCGUACAUGUAAACAUUCGUCGUGCACAUGCGCAGUCCGAAGAUUUUAUUUUGGUUACAGGCUUCAUUGAUUACCCUUGAAAAGUACACCUGCUUCCACUCCAGAGAUUAGAGAAAGUUACAGAUGGAGCCUGUCACCAAUUUCUGCGGGAGGGGUCAGAGGCCCUGGGACGGAAGGGGAAUGCUUUCGUCCGCCAUAUUGGAACGUGAAGAAAGUUGUGUUUUCCUGUAAGAGUUACGUUGCGGCGAAUUUUGAAGUGCUUGGAUUUAAUUAGAUUGUUCAGUUUCGAGUUUUAUUAAUAUUUUUGCCAACAUAUAUUUAACUUUCGAUUCCACAAUCGUGUGAUGUUCAUUACUUCAGGAAGUUAGUAGAUUGUGUAAAAAAUUGUGUUGAGGUGACACUCGUAUGGGAAAUGGCAUCCUGUGUAGCCUUUGGGUGUACUAAUAGGAAUGCAAGGAAAGGAACAAAACAACUGGAAUUCGAAAAGGAUAAUAAAAUAACGUUUCACAAGUAAGUAGCAAUAAAUGGCGGGGCUGGCUUAUAGCCUUUCAUAAUGUUUAUCAAUGAUAUAGGUUAUCUCCCCAUAAACAGAAUAAUGUGACUGUUGAUACGAAAUAUGGAACAUUUACCACCCGAAAUAUUACAAAAUAGAGCUGAAGGAAAACUGGGUAAAUGUUCCGUAUUGCAUAUCCAGUAUAUGUGUUGGUCCUGUUUAAGUAUUUUUAAUGUCAGUAGUGUUAUUAAAACUUUUUAAAUUUAAUUUAUAAUAUAGGCCUACUGUACUAACCUAACCAACCGUCCAAAAUGUUUUCUUUUUUUAAGUAUUUUUAAUGUAGCUACACUAACCUAAACCGUUCAUAAUCUUUUUAAGGACUUUAAAACGUUUAUGUUGAUUUGGUGCACAACUGAAUUUUCAUGCCGAUGGAACCAGUGAACAAACUCAAUUCAGCCUGAAUAAUUGGUUUAAAAUAAACACUACGAUUUAACAGUAGGCUACAUUAUCCUACGGACGUGAUAGCUUCAAGUACUUACUACAGCAAAUUACAACAGAUCUGUCCGACAUUAGCAUUGAUAAUACCUUAUCAAAGUCUAAUAAUUUUAUCAUUUACUGUCAGAAGUCAUUAAUGAGACCGGUAAUAGCAGAAAUCUACAUAAUUAAUAUUUAUUACAGCAUUUUGCCAUCCUAAACAUAAUCAGCUGACUGAAAUUCAAAACAACCACCCGCCAUAUUGGAACCUGAAUGGCGAAACCUACUCGGCCUCACCAUAGCUAGUUUAUGCUCCAUCUGUAACUUUCUCUAAUCUCUAUUCCACUCCAUAGACUAUUACCUCCAUGAUGUUUCGUUCCCGGACUUUCGGCAGUGUAUCGUUUGGCGUGGUCAUGAGCUUCAGCGACCUCGGACGUUGCCUUGACGACACAUGAAAUCAACAACAUUCGGCCGUGGUUCGAAACAAUAACAUUAUUAUUGGUCGCUUGUAAUAAUGACACCUAACGUCUACGUUUGGAUUGGCCGGCUAAUACCGACAAUGUGAAAUUUAAAAUAUUUAGAAAAAAAGGGCUUUUGACGCCGAGAAUUUGGCGUGAUUCGGUGAUAAUUCCAGUGCGGAAUUUGGACUUUGAAGCAGACCAGCGUCGUGUUUAACUACAAAGGUGUAGUUAAACGCGAGAACGAAUCACUACGGAUGUCAGCAAAUGAAGGGAGCGCACAGCGACGACUUUGCCGUGAAAUAUAAGGUUGAGAAAUUCCCUUCUACCAGGACUCAGGUAUGGCUGGCUGUACCAUCAUUUAGAGACAUUUGCGCCAUGAGUCGAUAGCUCCGUCACAGUGAACACUAUUAAUAUCACGCACAUAAUUAGCAUUGAUGUGUUUUCAAUAAUUUUAUUAGAAACAAUGAACUAUUUCAUCAAACUGUCGCACACAGAUCCAGUAGUCCUAGGAGUCCAAGUCUCGUGUCUGACUAGUUGGAGGCAAAUAAUAAAUAGACUUUUGAAAAUUAAUAAACAUGUGCCCAACGUAACUGAACAUAGAUUUGGACAUAGUUUGUUUUCUUUUGGACAUAUUCGAGAAAUCUGUGUUGAUGUAUAUUAUUCUUGUCGAGUAUUCAUUUAAAAUAAAUUUUAUUUUUAUUUUAUUGUGGUACUAAUUAUCACUAGGUUAUGUUAAUCAUAACACAAGGCACCCAAUCCCAUUAAAUAUUGUAUGCUCAUGAUAGUACAGAACAAUUUGGUUACCAUAACUUGGGGCAUGUUAUAGUGAGCUGUAUGCUUACAGUGCUUUGUCAUCACUCCCUCAACAAACCAUCUGGAGGUUUCUGCGGACUCCUGAAGUCUGCUAUGUGAAGUGGCAUAAUGACACCAUUGUUCAGGUAGCUUCGGGCGUCGGGUCGGCCCCGAUGAUGCAACAUUUAAAAGAGGUGCAAGACCAUUCCAGAAGGGAUGCUGAGGGGUAUAAAUAUAGCGAUGCCGGCCUCAGAAGCCACGAAGUUAAGAGGGCCAAGAACCCCAUUGGAGCGAUAACCGCACGACAAGCGACGGGUAUCAUGUGCGGAGACACAAUAGCACCUUUCCGGAGGAGUGAAUUAACAAACAUUGUAUUUUUUAAAUUUUAUUUUACAAAUUACGGUAAGGAUUUUUACUUGCAAACAUUUUUCCUUUACUUUGGCACAAAUAGGUACUCAUUAAACAUAAGUAAUGCCAACAGGUGUUUUAAUCUUAGAAAAACUCUCAAACAAUAAGCGUGACCAUGACUUCAGGUUUUGUACAUUCCUCUGUAAAUGGGUUUUUUUUUCCUUCAAUGGGCUUAACUAUUCCCCCCCCCCCCCCCCCCAAUACAACUGCAACUUACACAGUACCUAUUAAAAUAGGGUGUUUUAUGAGAGGAAGUAUGAAAAAAAUUAUUAAGUUUAUGAAUCCAAGCUUUUGGUUCCACAACUGCUUAAAAUGGAUGGGUGAAUGAACUGAAUGCAAAUAGAGGAUGCACAAGAAUGACAAUUCAAAUAAGCCAAAUAGGUGGAUGUGUAAAGUACCAUAUUUACCUGAAAAUAAUGUGACUGAAUAUAAUGCAAUCCCAAGUAUUUUGAUUAUGAGAUAACAAAACACACAAAAAUUAAAAA